UCGUACUUGUCGUCUUGUGAUCAAGCAUCUUAAUUUCCUAGGCAAUUUCCCUCCUUGUUUCUGGGACCAUAUGAUGAGCUUAUAGAGUUAUAGUUGUAGUGCUCAUGUUGCUCAACUUUGCUAAGCUGAUCUAAAACUAAAACACACAGAAGAUGACCCAAACUGAUCAGUAUUUUAGCAGUGGGUUAGAGUUGGCAAAUUUCGCGGUGAUCCCUGAUAUCCUACAGCAAGCAUGGACUGCAAUUAGUGAACUAUAUAAAGAAACCAGUCAAAAUGAAGGACCAUCUUCCUCAGUGAAAUUAAAAAUUUAUGAGCCACCAAACUGUACACUCAUAGCUUUUUUCACUUGGCCUGCUAAUAGCAAAGACUGUGUUCAGGGAAACGAAGGAGGAGAUUUUGUUACAUCAUCAGCUCUUAAGGGGUAUUUUCCUCACCUCAAUUUCCUGUGCACCAAAAGCAACCCAAAGUUCUCCGUUAACAAACCUGCGUUGGAGCUUUUUACCUCCAUUUUUGAUGUGCUCCCGAAAUCUGUGAUGGCCAAUUCCAAACCAUUAAUUAUCACUGGAAACUCGCUAGGAGGAUCUGUUGCAUCUCUCUUCACCUUGUCACUACUAGAAAAAAUCAAUUUUACAAACACCAAACGCCCACUUUGCAUCACUUUUGGUUCACCCCUUAUUGGUGAUGAAGGUCUGCAAGAAGCCAUAUCAAACUAUCCAACAUGGAACUCUUGCUUUUUGCAUGUAGUUUCUGACCAGGAUCCAGUUCCUAGAGUCUUAAUUAAUGGUUACCAGCCUUUUGGCACAUUUCUCUUGUGUUCAAAGCUGGGUUGUUCUUGUUUUGAGGAUCCUCGAACCAUUUUGGAGUUGUUGAAGGCAACCUAUUCAGGGAGUCCUGGAAAUCAAGAUCCUAAUCCAGUUUUUGACGUCUAUGGAACAUUUGUGAAGGAUAUCAACCGAAAGGUAAUUUGUAAGGAUAAUACAAUGUUGCCUGAAGGAACUACACAACCAUUACGGGCAUGCAUUACUAAACAAAUAGUAGCAACUGGACUGAUGCAACCAGAGCAGCAACAACGACAGAAUGUUGACGUCAACAUUAUCAUUACAGAGACAGAAAAACGGGAAAAAUUGUCACCAAAAAGGGAGGCUCUUGAUCCCACCAAGUGGUUGAAUGACAUUAAAGUGUAUAUGGCCUACCUAGAACAGUAUAAGAAGUUGUCUAAAGACGAUGGAAUUGGAUACUAUGACAGAUAUAAGUUUGAAAGAAUGACUACAACUUAUAUGGAUCUGGAAAAGUAUAAAAAAUCCCUCACAAUUUACUGGAAAGAUAUGGUUGAUCAAGCAGAGAAAAGGCCCCAGACAAUAGGUGCCUUCCUUCGUACCCGAAUGCUCUUUGGGGGAACAAAUUACCGAAGGAUGAUUGAACCAUUGGAUAUAGCUAAUUACUACAACAAGGGCUUAAGCGACUACAUAAAUAAUGGAAGGUCUGAACAUUACAAAAAAUUGGAGCAAUGGCUGAAAGAAACUGAGAAACCUUCAAGUUCAAGUGGUCCAAAUGAUUUGAAGAAACAGAAUGUGAAGUCAAUUCUGACGGAGGAUUCUUGCUUUUGGGCACAAGUUGAGGAGGCUCUCAUUUUAUGCGAAUCGUUGACGGGCAGAGAAUCAAGUGUUAUGAACAAAGAAUCAUCAAAGAAGAAACGAAAAGCAAGUGCUAUGGACGAAGAAUCAUCAAAGAAAAAACUGGUUGAGUUUGAAAACUAUGUAUACGGUUUGUUGAAAAAUUAUGCAGUAUCUUCUGAGAUUUUCUUACCUAAGAGCAGCUUCAUGAAAUGGUGGGGAGAGUAUAGAGAAAUUAUGGGAACUUCUUAUAGUUCUAGUCUCACUAACUUUCUCAAGAAUGACAACAAUUACGAGGCUUAUGCUAAAGGCUCCCUGGUCUUUUAAACAUUGUAUGAUAGAGAUAUGCAUAUUUCAAUAUCUAUGU